GUCCACAGUCUCUGGUCUUCUGUACUGUGUCCGCAGUCUCUGGUCUUCUGUACUGUGUCCGCAGUCUCUAGUCAUCCCCUGUACUGUGUCUGCAGUCUCUGUUCAUCUCCUGUACUGUGUCCGCAGUCUCUGUGUCAUCUCCUGUACUGUGUCUGCAUUCUCUGGUCAUCUCCUGUACUGUGUCUGCAUUCUCUGGUCAUCUCAUGUACUAUGUCCACAGUCUCUGGUCUUCUGUACUGUGUCUGCAGUCUCUGGUCAUCGCCUGUACUGUGUCCGCAGUCUCUGGUCAUCUCCUGUACUGUGUCCGCAGUCUCUGGUCAUCUCCUGUACUGUGUCUGCAGUCUCUGGUCAUCUCAUGUACUAUGUCCACAGUCUCUGGUCUUCUGUACUGUGUGUGUCCGCAGUCUCUGGUCAUCGCCUGUACUGUGUCCGCAGUCUCUGGUCAUUGCCUGUACUGUGUCCGCAGUCUCUGGUCAUCGC